AUGCCCCUCGACACCUCCACCUACUCUCUCGCGCUCCUCCGCGUCGAUGGCCGUCGCUGGAAUGAGCUGCGCCGCCUGCACGCCCAGAUCCGCACCCAGCAGGCCGCCGACGGCUCGUCGUACCUGGAGAUGGGCCACACAAAGGUCAUGUGUGUCGUCACCGGGCCCUCGGAGCAGCAGCAGGGUCAGCGCCGCGGCGGACAGGCGACGCAGCGGGACACGGCCGCCAUCAGCGUCAACGUCGUCGUCGCCGGCUUCUCCAGCGUCGACCGCAAGAAACGGGGUCGAAACGACAAGCGUAUCCAAGAGAUGGAAAUCACAAUUGCCAAAACGCUCGGCUCCGUCGUCCACACUCACCUUUUCCCCCAUUCCUCCAUCACCGUCUCGCUGCACGUCCUCUCCCAGGACGGCUCCCUGCUCGCCGCGCUUCUCAACGCCACGACCCUCGCCGUCAUCGAUGCCGGCAUUCCCAUGACAGACUACGUCGCCGCCUGCACCGCCGGUUCCACGUCGUCCUACGCCGCCGACGACGAGUCGGCCGAUCCCCUGCUCGACCUCAACAGCCAGGAGGAGCAGGAGCUGCCCUUCCUCACCGUCGCCACCCUCGGCGACAGCGAUCGCGUCCUCGUCCUCAACUGCGAGAGCCGGCUGCAGGUCAGCCGGUUCGAGGGUAUGCUCGUCGUCGGCCUCGACGGUUGCAAGCAGGUCAAGAAGUUUCUGGACGCCACCGUCAAGGAAAAGGGCGUCAGGAUGAUCCGCGAGGGCACCGUUCAGCGGAGCGACGCCACCGCCUUGGACUUGGGCGCCGAGUAA